AUGUCGACGGCACCAAAUUUGAAGAACUUACCUUCCAAGAAGGAAUUCUACAAUAAAUUCUGGACUGGUAAGUAUGAGGGCAGUUAUAGGAAUUCUUGUGCUCCGGGAUGGGAGGAUAAAUUGAAGGGUAAAUUAAGUGAUUACCGUGGACUUUCCGCUGUAAUUAGUAAAAUAAUUGAUGCUUACUGUUACGUAUCCAAAGUGAAGGGGGAGGGAUCCGAUCCUGAUAUUCCAUGCCUUUUUUUUUAUUACUGGUUGGGGAAUAUGGUCCCCAAGGAUGCAAAUACAUAUAAAUUGUCCGACGUCCUGGGUGCAAUUUACCAGGCGCUCGAGGAUACUGACUAUAGUCCUAAAUGUAAAAUUAUUUACGAAGAUGUUGACAGAAUCAAUUUCGAGCUAAGGAGGAGGAUACAUGAUUUUGCUUAUAACUAUAAGACUAUACAAGGACUUGUAGAGAAAUGUGAAUCUGCAGAAGCUAAGGAAUAUUUGCGAUUUCUACAAAGAGUUAGUGGAGCAUGUAGAAUUGUGGGGGUAGACUGUCCAGAGGGGGGGGUACAUGGAAAUGGUACAUAUUGUGACGAUUAUAAUAAAAAAUAUAAGGAAUAUUGUGAAACAGAACUGAGGGAACUGCAAGAACAAUUGAAGACUUGUCUCAAACCAAAUCCAAAUCCAAACCAAGCAGGAAGUAGUGGUUCUUUGAGUGAUGCUCAACAAGAGGGAGAUGAUUUGGGCUGGUUACCUUCCAAAAAAGUGUAUACUGAAAUUGUCCGUAUUACUGACCCCUGUGGGGACGAUGGUAGCCUCAUUUCUGGAGUGGAAGAGGCAGUGAAGGCACACCGUGAAGUGAAGGAGGAGGCUAAUAGUAUUGCAAAAUAUAUCUGCUACUCACUUGGAAAAAAAGACACCUUAUCGGGGGGUGAUCCAUCUUUAUACUAUGUAUAUUAUCACGUGGGGAAUACGUAUUCUAGCUAUUUCAAGAAAGAUGAUUCAUCAUUCUGGAAAUUCAUGGGUACAGUCAGUCAACAGUUAGGGGAAUUGCCCGUUGAUAAAGAGAAUAAGUGUAAAAUUGAGCUUAGCCACAUUGACACGAAGGAUUUCAUAUGGGAGAAAAGAAUGUAUGAUUAUUAUAAAGACUAUGAAACUAUAAAGGAAAAAUUACAGUACGGUGAAUCCCCCUGUAGUACAGAAUUGGACCAAUACUUGACAGAGGCGGCCAUAGGAUAUAAGCUUAUACAUAGAUACUGCAAUGGAAAAACUGAAGGUAAGGAGAAGGCAUUUUGUGACAAAUUUAAAACAAAAUAUGAUGAACACAAACCUGAGGAACUCCUAGGAGAAAAGUGUAUAUCAAAUCUGGAGGAUGAAAUUUCAGCAUACGCCGAAAAUUCAGGAAUAAUUUACAACGGAGAAUCAGGGGAAGACACAGCAUCUGCAGAAAUCGCCUCCAUUUUCUCUUUUGCAAGAGACGGCCCCAUUGCCUCCUCCGGAUUGGCUGCAGUUGGAUUACCUGCCAUUGCAUAUCUUUUAUAUAAAUACACUUCCUUACCUUCCUGGUUACGUGAACAAUUUGGUGGAAGGAGUAACAACAUCAGCAGGAGUCAAAGGAGGGCGAGAAGAUCCACUGGUCCUAAUUUUAGUAAUUUUACAGAAGACGUUUCUACCGAAGUGCCAACGGAAUAUUCAUCAUACCUGUCGACACUAUACCCACUGGAAGAAUCCAUAGAAAAUAAUUCUACUACAUAUUAUGAAGAACCGCCGCAACCAUCACCCAGACGGCGUGGGCAACAACAAGGACAACGAAGAAGACGAGGACCGCCACCACCCAGAGGAAGGCAAAGAGCAAACAAUGAAUAUAGAUAUGUAAGUGGCCAAAAUAUUAGUUAUUAUCGCAUGUGA